ACUUUGGAUCUGUGUGUGUGUGUGUGUGUGUGUGUGUGUGUGUGUGUGUGUGUGUGUGUGUAGUGUGUCCUGUAGCUGGUGAUCAGGUGUCUUGAUAAGGGACAUUAAAGGUCUAAGUCUUCCUCUGGUCCUCCACUCCGUCCUGUGUUGUGACCCAGAUGUUUCCUCCAGGUUAAACUGUUGGUGUGGACUCUGCUAUGAGUCAGUGUGAGGACAGAGAGGAGGGAGCCCCUCCCUCUAAAACCACUCUGUGGGGGGACCAUGACAGCCAGACCAAAGCUCAGAGGAUGCAGCAGCAGAAACCUGGACCUGGACUCAGCUGUGUGUCCAUGAAGAGUGACCAGUCUAUGGGUCGUCCUGUUACCUUUAAAGAUGGACAAGAUGCUGCUGAUGGAAGAGUUCACCAGGAGAGCUCAGAGGGCCUCGGUGGUCAGUCUGACCUGCAGCAACAAACAGACCUGGACCCCAUAUUUAUGCUGCUGGAGGAGAACAUCCUCACUUUUAUAAAGAACGAGCUGAAGAAGAUUCAGAAGGUUCUGAGUCCAGAUUACCCAGAAUGCUUAGAGAGUCAAAGGGAGGAUGAGGAGGUUUUGGAGGGUGAGGAUGAAGAGCAGAGGAGGAGGAGCAGAGAAGCAUUUCUGAAGAUCACACUGCACUUCCUGAGGAGAAUGAAGCAGGAGGAGCUGGCUGACCGUCUGCAGAGCAGAAGUCAUUCUGGAGUUUGUCAGCGUAAACUCAAGACUAACCAGAAGAUAAAGUUCCAGUGUGUGUUUGAGGGGAUUGCUAAAGCAGGAAACCCAACCGUUCUGUAUCAGAUGUUCACAGAGAUCUACAUCAUGGAGGGAGGGGCUGCAGGGGUCAAUGAAGAACAUGAGGUCAGACAGAUUGAAACAGCAUCCUGGAAACCAGACAGACCAGAAACAAUAAUCAGAUGUGAAGACAUCUUUAAAGCCCCACCUGGAAGAGAUGAACCAAUCAGAACCGUGAUGACAAAGGGAGUGGCUGGCAUCGGGAAAACAGUCUUAACACAGAAGUUCACUCUGGACUGGGCUGAAGGCAAAGCCAACCAGGACAUCCAGUUCAUAUUCCCAUUCACCUUCAGAGAGAUGAAUGUGCUGAAAGAGAGAAAGUUCAGCUUGGUGGAACUUGUUGAUCUCUUCUUUAGUGAAACCAAAGAAGCAGGAAUCAGCAGGUUUGAAGAGGUCCAGGUUGUCUUCAUCUUUGACGGUCUGGAUGAGUGUCGACUUCCUCUGGACUUCCUCAACACUGAGAUCCUGACUGAUGUUACAGAGUCCACCUCAGUGGGUGUGCUGCUGACAAACCUCAUCAGGGGGAAUCUGCUUCCCUCUGCUCGCCUCUGGAUAACCACACGACCUGCAGCAGCCAAUCAGAUCCCUGCUGAGUAUGUUGACAUGGUGACAGAGGUCAGAGGAUUCACUGACCCUCAGAAGGAGGAUUAUUUCAGUAAGAGAUACAGAGACAAGAAGCAGGCCAGCAGAAUCAUCUCCCACAUCAAGACAUCACGAAGCCUCCACAUCAUGUGCCACAUCCCAGUCUUCUGCUGGAUCACUGCUACAGUUCUGGAGAAGGUGUUGGAGACCAGAGAGGGAGGAGAGCUGCCCAAGACCCUGACUGAGAUGUACAUCCACUUCCUGGUGGUUCAGUCCAAACUGAAUGUUAAAUAUUAUGGAAAAUCUGAAAUAGAUCAACACUGGAGUCCAGAGUCCAGGAAGAUGAUUGAGUCUCUGGGAAAACUGGCUUUUGAGCAGCUGCAGAAAGGCAACCUGAUCUUCUAUGAAUCAGACCUGACAGAGUGUGGCAUCGAUAUCAGAGCAGCAUCAGUGUACUCAGGAGUGUUCACACAGAUCUUUAAAGAGGAGAGUGGACUGUACCAGGACAAGGUGUUCUGCUUCGUCCAUCUGAGUGUUCAGGAGUUUCUGGCUGCUCUUCAUGUCCAUCUGACCUUCACCAACUCUGGAGUCAACCUGCUGGCAGAAGAACAAACAACCUCCCGGCUGUCUAAAGUCUUCAGAGAAACCCGUAAACUAAAACAUCUCCAUCAGAGUGCUGUUGACAAAGCUUUACAGAGUCCAAAUGGACACCUUGACUUGUUCCUCCGCUUCCUCCUGGGUCUUUCACUAGAGACCAAUCAGACUCUCCUACGAGGUCUGAUGACCUUUGCUGGCAGUAGCUUACAGACCAAAAAGGACACAGUCAAGUACAUCAAGAAGAAGAUCAGUGAGAAUCUGUCUGCAGAGAGAAGCAUCAAUCUGUUCCACUGUCUGAAUGAACUGAAUGAUGGUUCUCUAGUGGAGGAGAUCCAACAGUCCCUGAGUUCAGGAAGUCUCUCCACAGAUAAACUGUCUCCUGCUCAGUGGUCAGCUCUGGUCUUCAUCUUACUGUCAUCAGAAGAAGAUCUGGACGUGUUUGACCUGAAGAAAUACUCUGCUUCAGAGGAGGCUCUUCUGAGGCUGCUGCCAGUGGUCAAAGCCUCCAACAAAGCUCUACUGAGUGGGUGUAACCUGUCAGAGAGAAGCUGUGAAGCUCUGUCCUCAGUUCUCAGCUCCCAGUCCUCUAGUCUGAGAGAGCUGGACCUGAGUAACAACAACCUGCAGGAUUCAGGAGUGAAGCAUCUGUCCUCUGGAUUGGAGAGUCCACACUGCAGACUGGAAACUCUCAGGUUGAGUGGCUGUAACCUGUCAGAGAGAAGCUGUGAAGCUCUGUCCUCAGUUCUCAGCUCCCAGUCCUCUAGUCUGAGAGAGCUGGACCUGAGUAACAACAACCUGCAGGAUUCAGGAGUGAAGCUGGUGUCUCCUGGACUGAAGAGUCCACACUGCAGACUGGAAACUCUCAGGUUGGUGUUCAGUUAGGAUCUGAGUAACAAUGAAUUUUAAAGCAACAUUGUGUAA